AUGGCUUAUGCAGCGACCAAACGAAAGCUCAGCGUGAGUCAAGACAGAUUCUCGGACAAGUCCGUUUCGUCACUUUCUAGAUACCCAGCCACCAAAUUUCGAGGAUUUCUUAGAUUCAGGUCAUUGGUUCGUCGUGCUCCGGUCUCAAAAAAGAAGUCUUCAAGACCUAGAGAUUACUGUCCAAAUGUGGAGAUUACUCAUGAAGCAAGCAAUUUGCUCGGUCACAAGUUUGAUUCAAAUGAACCCAUAUUGAAAUCACCUGACUUGAUUGAUUUGGUUGAUGAAGAUUCAAGUAUUGAACAAGUUUCUCCAGUGGAUGAAGAUGAUAAGAAAUAUUCUUCUCCUUUGCGUGUUCCUAAUGAUAAUAUUGGGAACUUCUUAAGAGUUCCAUUGAUCCGCAGAUCUCCUCGUUUGAAGAAAAAACGCUUUGAGGUAUCUCAGGAGCUUUUUAUACCGCUCAAAGAAGAGGAAAAUGCUGAAGUCAAUAGUGCCUUCUCUGUGAGAAAUAGAAUGAAAGUCUUGGUUUUGCAUAAAACCUCCGGCAUUGAAAUCCGUGGAGAGACUUUACAAUGCCUCAAACCGUGUGUUUGGCUUAACGACGAUGUCAUCAAUCUCUAUCUCGAAUUACUGAAAGAAAGAGAAACUAGAGAUCCUCAAAAGUACUUCAAGUGUCAUUUCUUCAAUACGUUUUUUUACGUCAAGGUUCACUUUUUACCCAGUUACAAUUACAAAGCUGUCAGGAGAUGGACGAGACAUAAAAGGCUCGGAUAUAAUCUUAUUGACUGUGACAUAAUAUUUGUUCCUAUCCAUGGAGGUGUACAUUGGACCCUUGCAGUGAUUAACAAAAGGGAAUGCAAAUUCCUGUAUCUUGAUUCACUAAAUGGAUCUGAUCCUACAGUUUUGACUGCCGUGGCUAAGUACUUUGUGGAUGAAGUGAAGGACAAGAAUGGGAAAACCAUUGACGUUGGCUCAUGGGACAUGGAAUGCGUUAAAGACCUUCCGCUACAACAGAACGGGUACGACUGUGGGAUGUUUAUGCUUAAGUACAUAGAUUUUUUCAGUAGAGGACUGGGGCUACAGUUUAGCCAGACGGACAUGCCAUACUUCAGGUUAAGAACAGCAAAGGAGAUACUGAGACUGCAAGCCGAUUAGGAUUUUAAGGCCGACAACAGUAUAUUAGAAACCUUAGUAAAAUCUAUUUUGCUUUGGCUGUGUGGAAUGCUAGAUAUCUCAUAUGGGCAUGGCUGCUUUUUUUGGAACUAUCGGUUAGAUAAUUUAUGGCAAAUAGAAUUGAAGGUUGUAGCUUAUUUCAAUGAUGAAUAUUACAAAAGCCAACAAUAUUAUUUUCGAAGCCUUUGAGAGCUCAAUCUAAUUUGUUUCUCUGGGAGUCAAGGAGAAUCUUAUGGUUAUGGGACAUUGGGGCUCCUGGCUGCAUCUUGGCAUUACCGGUUUGUAUUUUUGGUGUGCAAAGAUAACUAAACCUUGUU